GGUCAGAGAGAGGAAGGGGCACUCAGAGAUCCAGCAGGUGCUGCACCAUGAGUGUCUCUGUGCUGAGCCCCAGCAGACUCCUGGGUGAUGUCUCUGGGAUCCUCCAAGCGGCCUCCCUGCUCAUUCUGCUUCUGCUGCUGAUCAAGGCAGCUCAGCUCUACCUGCACAGGCAGUGGCUGCUCAAAGCCCUCCAGCAGUUCCCGUGCCCUCCCUCCCACUGGCUCUUCGGGCACAUCCAGGAGUUCCAACACGACCAGGAGCUACAACGGAUUCAGGAACGGGUGAAGACAUUCCCAAGUGCCUGUCCUCAUUGGCUAUGGGGAGGCAAAGUUCGUGUCCAGCUCUAUGACCCUGACUAUAUGAAGGUGAUUCUGGGGAGAUCAGACCCGAAAUCCCAUGGUUCCUACAGAUUCCUGGCUCCAUGGAUUGGUAUGUGUGCAAACUAGGACUGCAGCCCACUCCCUAGUCAGGUUUGAGUUAUUUAUUUGGCUCAGAGAGAACAACAGAUUAGGGGCCACCACUAUCAUGACCUCAUCCCCAAAUCAAGCCUCACUUCCUUCUUCUAACAAGACCCUCACCCCUUCCUAAUGCUGGUGCAAACCUUCCUGAGGCUCAGCUUCUUCCAUUUCAUGUCUCAGUUCUCUCCAGACAUCCUUGGCCUCACAUUUAUUUUACAUCUGCCCACAACCCUUUUCAACCUUUAUCUCACAGCUGUCAUAAUCACAUGCAUGUAGCAGCUCAAUCAGAAUAUUCACAUGCCUGAAAUAUACCUCCUUUUCCUGCAUUUGCCCAUGACGUGGCUUCUUCUGGAUAGUUCUCCCCUUGAGAAGCCACCUUUCUCCCUCCCAAAUUGUCACCAGUCAUCCCUAGCUCCUUGCAGCC